AUGUCGCGCUCCUUCUAUGUCGACUCGCUCAUCAUCAAGGACUCCUCACGGCCCGAGCCCUCGCUGCCUGAGCCGCACCCCGGGCCAGAUUUCUUCAUCCCGCUGGGCAUGCCGUCCCCGCUGGUGAUGUCCGUGUCCGGGCCCGGCUGCCCGUCUCGCAAGAGCGGCGCUUUCUGCGUUUGCCCUCUCUGCGUCACUUCGCACCUGCACUCCUCUCGGGGGCCGACGGGCUCCGGCAGCGGGGGCGCAGGGAACGGCAGUACAGGGGCCGGGGGUAGCAGGGCGGCGGGCGGCGCCGGGGCCUUGCCCCUGCUCAAAAGUCAGUUUUCUUCGGGUCCUGGGGACGCACAGUUUUGCCCGCGCGUAAGCCACGCGCACCAUCACCACCACCCGCCGCAGCACCACCAUCACCACCACCAGCCCCAACAGCCUGGUUCGGCUGCUGCCGCGGCAGCUGCGGCAGCAGCGGCGGCCGCCGCGGCGGCCUUGGGGCAUCCGCAGCACCACGCACCUGUCUGCGCCGCCACCACCUACAACGUGGCAGACCCGCGGAGAUUCCACUGUCUCACGAUGGGGGGCGCAGACGCCAGCCAGGUACCCAAUGGCAAGAGGAUGAGGACGGCGUUCACUAGCACGCAGCUCCUGGAGCUGGAGCGGGAAUUCUCUUCCAACAUGUACCUGUCUCGGCUCCGGAGGAUCGAAAUCGCCACGUACCUGAACCUGUCGGAGAAGCAGGUGAAAAUCUGGUUUCAGAAUCGCCGGGUAAAGCAUAAGAAGGAAGGGAAGGGCACGCAGAGGAACAAUCACGCCGGCUGCAAGUGCGUCGGCAGCCAAGCACAUUACGCGCGCUCUGAGGAUGAGGACUCCUUGUCGCCGGCCUCGGCCAACGAGGACAAGGAGAUUUCCCCCUUAUGA